AUGGUUACUCACAGCUGUGCAACGAUCCAACUCCACAACUACGAUCUUGUAGGCCUAGAUCAGCGGCCUCUCUCUUUGAGCACAAAACUUGCCGCCUACAUCCGUGCCAGGGACGUUGUCAGGGCAAAAGGAACUUUCGAUGCAAUGCCAGAGAGGGAUCUUGUUUCAUGGAACUCGAUGAUUGCCGUAUUUGCCAAAAACGGGCAUCUAGUAGAGGCGGCAGAGCUCUUUCAGUCCAUGCCUGGGUGGAACUCGAUCUCUUGGAACUCGAUGCUGAGUGGGUAUUUGCGCAACAACGAGUUCCUGAUGGCUAAAGAGGUUUUUAAUGCGAUGCCAAAUCCUAAUCUUUUCUCGUGGACUGCAAUGCUUACAGCAUUUGCCAGGAACGGGCUUCCAGAAGAUGCUUUGGAGAUCUUUGAGACCAUGCCGGUUUGGAGCAUCAUCUCCUGGAAUGCAGUGCUAGAUGCGUUUUCUCGAGCUGGAAAGCUGGAGAAAUCGAGGAUAAUCUUUGGCGCCAUGCCAGAGCACGAUGCCGUUUCCUCCACUGCUAUGCUCGUUGUAUAUGCCCAGCAAGGGCAUCUUGCCAUCUCGAGAGAGAUCUUUGCGAAGAGAAUGCCGCACAAGGAUCUCAUUUGCUGGAACGCGAUGCUCUCGGCUCUGGCAGAUCACGGUCAUGUGGAAGAGGCCAAGCACGGGCAGCUCCAAGAAUCGCGACGCACCUUCGAUUCCAUGCCAGAGCGCGGCCUCGCGAGUUACAACGCGAUGCUCGCCUCUUAUGCCCAACACGGGGAUCUGGAGCGGGCCAGAGAGAUCUUUUCAUCCAUGAAGCUCUGCAACCUCUUGUCGUGGAACAUCAUGCUUGCAGCGCACGCACAUGUGGAAGCACUUAAGUGUUCUGCUGAUUUGGAAGAUCUUGAGAGACUCUUCUUCACUCUAAUGCCGCUUCACGAUCUCGUGUCAUGUAAUCUGAUGAUCACGGGAUUCGCAAAGACCAAAAAUAUUGAGAGAGCAAAGCACGUAUUUGAUGAAACCCCGGAGAAGAAUUUUCUAGCUUGGAACACAAUGCUUUCCGCAUAUGCCGAAACUGGGCAGUUUGAUCAAGCUGAGUCAAUGUUCUACAUGAUGCCAUUCAGGAGCUUGGCUUCUUCUAGCAUGAUGUUAUCCGUUCUAGCAAGUACAAAAAGGCUUAAAUGUGCGGAGAUUCUCUUUAGCGAGAUUCCAUAUCGGGACACUUCCUCUUGGAACUCGAUGAUUUCUGCCUACGCCCAGAACGGACAUCUCAAAAGAGCUCGCAAAGUUUUUAAUGCUAUGCCUCACUUAAGCUCGGUCUCAUGGAGCUCCAUGAUGGUGGCAUAUACCCGCUCUGGGCAUCCUGAAGAUGCUCUUGAUCUCUUUCGAGAUUUGGAACUCCAAGGGUAUGUUCCUGACGAGGCAUGUUUCUUGUGUGCUCUUAUUGGAUCCAGUCAUACUGGGGACUUAUCUUCUGGGUGGAGGCUCUUUUGUGCAAUCAGUAGCGACCACAGCAUGAAACCCAACAAGGAUCACUAUGGCUGUAUGAUUGACAUGCUGGGAAGAGGAGCCCACUCGGUCGAUGCCACAGAGCUUCUAAAGCAAAUGCCUUUUGUCCCUGAUUUACGAGAAGUGGUCUCGUCUCUGUUGCUGGGCGUGGGCUGUGGGAUCGGUACCAGUUCUCAUAGUCUAGUAGAAAUUAUUCCAUUCGAAAUGAAUUCUGCGGAAUUCAGCCAACCCAUGCUAUAG